AUGCCUUCACAGGCGCUGUACGACCUGCAGCACAGCGAGGGUAUCCGGGCGGCCAACAAGCUCUCUCGCCUACACGUCCAGUACGAAAAGAACAAAAUGAAAGUUAAGCCUGCUGCCCAGCUGUUCAGCAGCUCGGUGGGCAAAGCUCUGCUGUACCUAGAAGAGUCGGGCCACCAUGAGUUCAUCGGAGCGGGGGCAACGGCGCGCUUCAUCCUGCUGGUUGAUCAGGCAUUCGACUACCUCAACAACAGCAACCCCUACGGGAAGGGCUUCAAGACUCCUACCGUCAUGGACAUCAGUGAGGCCCUGCUGGAGGAGGGGUUCGUCUAUGUACUGCCAUACAAGGUGUCCCAAGACCAUCUAGAGCUGCUGUUUGGCCGGAUCCGACGUAUGGGCGGCUUCAACAACAACCCAAACGUGGCCCAACUGCAACAUGCCAUGCGCAGACUCAUACUGCACAGCUUCAUAUCGCCAUCUGCCACCGGGAGCUGCACGUCACGGGAUGAAGGUGACGACGGCCUGCUCCAGAUCCGUCGUCCAAAACGGCAGCGGCCGACGCUCAGCGAGAGUGACCCGAUGCCGGCGGUCGUGCAGCAUCUCCUCACGACGGAGGACACCGGCUCGGGGUUCGUUGACAACUGUGUUGGCUACAUCUCCGGCUAUGUGUGCCGCAAGCUGGUGGAAACGAGCGCGAUCGGGUGUGGCUGA